AUGUGGUUUGGCUUCUUGGACCUUGCGUUGGUGCCUAGACCUGGAGUGACAAACUCUUUUCAACACUUGGUUCACGAUCGAGACUGGACUGUCAGCUACUACAAGGCAGAUUCGCUUGCGCCCCUUCGCACCUCUUUCCCAAAUGACGAGACCAUGUUUGCGGUCAAGAACGGGCAGCACACGUGCCAACUACUGGAAACACUGUUUGGAAAAAAGGAGCUCGGCGCGCGGGUUGCCGAACUCUGGGGGCCGCAUGCUUGGUAA